CCAGCCUUUACCGAGGAUGAAAGUGCUGGAGUCCGAUGUCGUGUUUGACAUGAAAACCACUCCACACAUCUGUAUCCCCUUGGAGCCAUGCCAGCUGGUGGCGAAACACCACGAAAGGGAUCACCGCCUUGCCAUACCAGUCAGUACGGCAAAGCGGCCGCGCGAAGCCUAUGAGAACAUGCAGGCGGACUUGGCCAGAUCUUUCAGCGCCAACAGUAUCAACGAGCAGCGAAAAAUAGAGAGGCAUUUGCCGCCCUACAAGUCUGUGAAGUCUCAGUACUAUCGCAAAAUCAACAAGCGAUACCCAACGCUCCAUGGAAUAGGUGACCCGGGUUCAGUCUGGGCGGAGCUCACCCAGACUUGGGAGUCAAGGAACAACGUGAACUCCGAUGACCGCUACGUGCUAUUUGAGCAGGCACAACCCCCGUUCCUUAUCCUUGCGUCGGCCCAGGACCUCCGGACCCUGCACGAUUCAAGACACUGGGUGUGCGAUGGCACUUUCGACUUUUGCCCACCGCAGUUCAGCCAACUUUAUAGCAUUCACGGCUUCAAAAGAGGAGAAGGACUUCCUCUUGUAGCGGGACUCCUGUGGUACGCACUGCCCUGA